AUGGCUCGUAAUAAUAAACAACAGAAAUCUAAAUCCAAGAACAACAAGAAGAAACAACAGAAUCAUAGAAAAAAUGACGAUGAAGGAAAUGAACUCUCCAUAUAUGAUAACAAAAUAAGAGAAUUCGAAGAUGGGAUAUUAGAUGCUAGAAAAUAUUUACAAUCUGAUGAUAUUAAAGUUGAUUUAGAUGAAGAAAUCGAUUCAGAUGAUGCAUUAGGAUCAGAUGAUGAUUAUGAUGUUUUGAAUUCCAAAUUUUCACAAACUAUUAGAGAUAAGGCUAGAAAGAAAAGACUGGGUAAAAAGGUCAAUGAAAGUGAAAGUGAAGAUGAAGGAUAUAGUAGUAUUGACGAAGGGCAAUUAGUCACUUUAUCUGAAGCUUGGGAUAUGGAUGAUCGUGACUUAGAUGAGACUUUGGGGAACACAUCCCAAAAUGAUAUUGUGUUGAAUGAUACAUGGGAAACAGAAUCUAGUGAAGACGAGGAGGAGGGGGAGGACGAUGAUCAAGACGAAGAAGACGAAGACGAAGACGACGACUCUUUUGAAGAAUCAACAGAUGAGGAAGAAAUAUUUGGAAAUCAUGAUGACGAUGAAGAUAUUGAUUUAUUGAAAACUGUUGACAGAUUACAAUCGAAAAUUGCUUCCAGGCAACCCAAGGAACGUAAAAAGUUGAUUGUUGAAACCAGACAAGAAAAUGAAUAUAAUUUACCCACAGGGGGUAAUCAGUUAUCAUUGCAAGACAUGAUGGCUAAUAUUAAUGAAGAUGAAAAUAAUAAAGCGAUUUUACUUGAUAAAGAGUCUAAAGCCAUUGCCAUCCCAUUACCUAAACGUAUUCAACAAAGAAAUGAUCGUGCAGCUGCCUAUGAAUUAUCAAAGAAAGAAAUCAGUAAAUGGAAAGAUUCUGUUCAAGCUUUGAGACAAGCUGAAGUUUUAAAAUUUCCAAUGAUCAAUCAAGAGCAAGAUACUAUUCGGGAUUCAGCCCUUACUUUUAGAUCAGAUAAUGUGCCGACUACUGAACUUGAAAAAAGAAUCAAUAAUGUGUUAACAGAAUCUUCGCUUGUUGACGACAAGAAAGAGGCAACAUUUGAAGAAAUUGCUGUGGCUAAGUUGAGUCCCGAAGAGAUGAAAAAGAGAACCAACGAAUUGAGAUUGAUGCGUGAAUUGAUGUUCCGAGAUGAAAAAAGAGCCAAGAGAAUCAAGAAAAUCAAAUCCAAACAGUAUCAUAAAAUUCAAAAGCGUGAACGAUUAAAGAAUCAAGAAAUGGUUGAAGGUGAAGAUUUUGACAUGGAAGAUGAAGACCACGAUACUAAAAGAGCAACUGAAAGAAUGAGUUUGAAACACAAGACACAAUCACAAUGGGCUAAAUCGAUGAUAAAAAGCGGAUUAUCAAAAGAUGCCUCCAAUAGAGCUGAAUUGGAAGAAAUGUUAAGACAAGGUGAAAAGUUGCGUACCAAACAAAUGGGUUUUGAAGACGGAGACCAAAGCGAUGAAAAUGCUGAUGAUAUUAUAAAUGAAUACGAUCAAGAUGAUAUAGACGAUGAAAAUAACUUGAGAAGCAAAUUGGGUAAAGGUGUUAUGAAUAUGGAUUUCAUGAAAAAAGCUGAAGCUCGGAAAAGAGAAGAGAAUUUGAAAGAAUUGGAAAUGUUGAGAAAAUUAGAGAAUGGCGAAGGUGAUUUGGAAAUUUUCGAAGAAGACAAUAGCGCAGUUAAUGUCACUAAGAAUCAAGGAAGAAGAAUAUAUACACCAGCAGCAGCAUCCCAAAUAAAUGACAAUACCAAUGAGCAAGCAUUAGAAGACAUUGAAAAUGACAACGCUAAAUCUUUAGAUAAAAAAUUAGCCAAAAAAUACAAAGUCAUUGAUAACCAAGAAACAAAAACAUCAGCUAAAUCAGAAUCUAACCCUGAAGUUUUGCCUGUCGAUGAAUCAAAUCCAUGGUUGUCAUCUAAUACUAGUGCUAAUAACGACACCACAAAAAAGAACUCUGCCAAAAUAACUACAGUUGAUAAAGAGUCUUCAAAAUUGGCUAAAGCAGCUGCCAAAUUAGCCAAAUCAAAAUUGAAAAAACACAAAUCUAGUGAUGAUAAUACCUUAAUUGAUGUGAAUGAGACAUUGGCUGUUAAUGAUAUUUACCAAGAUGGUUCCGAGGAUGAAGAUGAAUCGGUUCCAACAAUGUUUAAACAAAAGGAUUUGAUUAAACAAGCUUUUGCAGGUGAUGAUGUUGUUAGUGAGUUUGAGAAUGAAAAGAAACGUGUCAUCGAAGAAGAAGACGACAAAGAAGAGGAUUUGACAUUACCUGGAUGGGGUGAUUGGGCUGGAGGUGAUUCAAAACCCAAGAAGAGAAAAGUGGUGCGUAAGAUUGACGGGGUAAUGGCAAAAGAUCGUCGUAAAGAUAAAAACAUGAAGAAUGUAAUCAUAAACGAAAAAGUCAAUAAGAAGAAUUUGAAAUAUCAAAGUAGUCACGUUCCAUAUCCAUUUGAAACUAGAGAACAAUAUGAAAGAUCAUUGAGAAUGCCAGUGGGUCAAGAAUGGACAUCAAAAGAAACCCAUCAGAAAUUGACUAUGCCAAGAGUUAUUGUCAAACAAGGUACAGUUAUCGAUCCAUUAAAAGCACCUUUCAAAUAA